AGUAGUUCUUGUGGAGAAAGUCGAGGUGAGAUGAUCGGUGACUAAGAAUUUAUCGGCCCAAGGGGCGGCGAGUACACAAAGACAAAUAUCACGACUUUUCCUUGCAACUUCCACGACAAGUAAAUGUCGAGUCUUCCAGCACGUCCACAACAGUCAUCUCGCUCUCCACCAAGACGUCGGUCGCCUCUUCCACCGUACAAUCGAGGAUCCUAUGCUGGGUCAUCUCGAGGGCGUGGACGUGGACGAGGUAGAGGGGGCUGGAAGGACCGAGAUGACAGAAGGGAUUACGACAGAGAAAGGCAGUACGAGAGGGACAGACGAGAUUAUCCACCACGAUAUCGACAAGAUUCACCACCGCCUCGACCGCCACCUUCUCGAUACGGGCGACGGUCGCGCUCACCACCUAGGCGACGCUUCGACUCUCCUCCGCGUAGUUCGCGUUUUCCAUCACCUCCUCGAAGUCGCUAUUCUCCAGGACCUUCACGCUACUCUCCCGGGCCUCCUCGUGGAAGGUAUGAACGUGAUUCACCACCUCGUAGCCGAUAUGGUGGUUCCCCACGGCGAUACUCGCGAUAUGAUACCCCACGCCGUUUUGAACCUCGUCCGGGAGAUCCACCACCACCACCACGAAGGUCACCUACCCCAUUAAAAGAUGCAGUAAAUGACAGGGGAUCACAGGAAAACAGCAAACCUGACAUUCAUAUGGAUAUUAAUGUCGCACUGACACUCAAUCCAGAAAAAGACUCGGUCAAAAGAGAAGAAGGGGCACAGAUGGACGUCGAUGUCACUGCCGAGAUAAAGCAAGAAAAUGAAGGACAGGCUAAUGAUGUUCAAGAGAUGGAAGAGGGAGAGAGGGAAAGGUCGCUACCAAGGGUGAAAGAACGGUCACCACCGCCUCGUAUGACGUCUCCUCCACGAAAAUCCUCGCCCUCACCGUUGUCGUAUCGGCGGCCUUCACGGUCACCACUACCGCCACGACGGUCGCCAUAUUCUGGACCUCCCUCUCGUUACCGAAGAUCCAGAACGCCACCUCCCCACCGUUAUUCACCACCGCGCCGUCGAUCACCCCCACCAAGUCUACCACGCAGACCGCCUUCUCCAAUCCGGAGACCUUACUCACCCUAUCGUCGGCCUAUAUCACCUCCACGUCGCCCGCUGUCACCUGUGCGCCGACCUUCACCCUCAUGGCGACCUCACUCUCCUGGCCGGAGGUCGCCGCCGCCUCGUCGUUCUCCUCAACGCUGGCCUCCUUCGCCUCAGCGGCGUUACUCACCCAAGCGCUGGCCUCCUUCCCCAAGACGUGCUCACUCACCUCAGCGCUGGGAUCCUUCACCGCCGCGUCGUGCCCAUUCACCUCAACGACGCGUUCCAUCACCUCAACGUCGCGACCCUUCACCUCAGCGUCGUGUUCCGUCACCCCAGCGUCGCCCAGUUUCACCUCGACGGCGUUCACUUUCACCUUCGCGUCGCCCGUCGGCAACUUCACGACGUGAACCUUCACCUUCUCAACACAUAUCGUCGCCUGCACCUCACCCAAUAUCUCCCGUACGACAUCCAAAUUCCCCUCUGCCUCAUCGACCAUCGCCUGCUCCCGAAGCCUCUCCUCCCCAACAAACAUUACGCGCCGACUCCCCGCCUCGUCAGCCUCGCGGUUACGAGCGCGAACCACUUCCUUUAGGACCGCGCAAUAUUGAUCGCGACCCCCCUCGUGGACGAGGUCGUGGACGGGGUCGGGGAGGUCAGUCUCGCGGUCGCGGUCAUGGAUACUCUCAGCCGACUCGGAGUGGUUUCGCCGGAGGAAGUACACCGGCAACUCCAGUGGCGGGGAACCAAGCACCUUCAUCUCCCAGUCUGCCAUUACCUGACAUCUCGUUUUAUUUCAAACCGCUUGUAGAGUCCACUGAUGGGAGAAAGAUCAAACACCUCCAUAAUCUACGCGGCACUCGUGUCCUUGAAAAUGUCACCUUUUCGCGUGGACGGAGAAGAGCUGAACACGAGCUUGAAAUGGCCAAGCUGGAGCUUGCUGCUGCGGAGUCGAGAAGAAAAGUUGCGGAGAAGUUACUCAAGAAGGCGAAGAUAGGAUGCUUGGGUAUCGAGUUCGUGGAGGACGAAGUGAUUCCAACUGAUGCGUCGUGAGUUAGAGCACAAGGAUACUCAUUCUAUAUCUUCUGUGAGUAUGUGCACGUUCGGGGGUGGUAUCCAAUAGCAUUCUUUUGCCACUAGAAUCUCCAUCAAUCUAUUCAUACCCUUUUUCAUGCAAGAAUGAAGCCAAGACC